AUGGGUAGCAUAUUUUUUGAUGGAAAAUUCGUUCUUGGCAUAAUUUUUGCACUGUGGAGAAUUUGUUUGGCAAAAGAAACAACUGCUAAUUUUGUGUUUGGGGAUUCUCUGGUUGAAGUUGGAGACAACAACUACAUUCCCUCACUCUCCAAGGCUGAUUAUCCUCCCAAUGGCAUCGAUUUCGGAAAGCCUACCGGGCGAUACACAAAUGGAAGAACCGUCAUUGACAUUAUAGCUCAGAGUGCUCUGGGUUUGAAGGAGUUCACUCCUCCUUACUUAGCUCCCACAACAGCUGGACCAAUAACAAUUAAACUGACAAUCUUCAAGGAAAAGAUGUGGAUCGUAGAAGGGCAGAAUUUGAGAGACGGAAGGCAGAGAGGAAGGAACAAAUUACUCCAAUGA